AAAAGGGACAGCAAGCACCCUGUUGCACUUCUUACUUGUGAGGCUGGUGAGCAGCCGGGGGGCUGGACGGAGCCGGUCAUGAUGCAGAAGCUACUCAAGUGCACUAGGAUGGUCCUGGCCCUCUUCCUCAUCCUGGCUUUGGAAUCUUCAGUGCAAGGAUAUCCUAUGCGGAGAGCCAGGUACCAGUGGGUGCGCUGCAGUCCUGACAGUAACUCUGCAAACUGCAUCGAUGAAAAGGGACCGUUGUUCGACCUACUUCCAGAGGAAUCCAAUAGAAUCCUCCCACCAAGGAGCGAUCCUUUUUCAAUGACAAAAUUCCGGAACUUGAAUGAUGUCUACCCUCUUUCUGAGGAAUAUUCUGGAUCAGGCUCUGGCUCUGGUUCUGGCUCUGGAUCAGGAUCUGGAAGUGGCUUCCUCACUGAAAUGGAAGAGGAAUACCAGCCAGUAGAUGUAAACGGCCCUCUCGACUACUUCAGUAGGCCUCUCAAGACGAAUCUGCCCUCAGACUUCCAGGACUUGGGUCAAGACGUCUCAGAAGAGGAUUUUAUUAUAUAAAAGACAGGGUUUCCCCUUCCUUGACACCAGGCGAUGUAUUCAGUAUAUUUUGUGUACUAUGGUUAAAUGAUUAAUUUUGGAACAAAGAAUUUACAGAAAAUGUAAAACAUCUGAAAAAGAACCUUAAAUUUAUCACCUUUUUUUCCUUAUGAAUUCUUAAAAGAUUAUGCUUUAAUGCUGUCAUCUAUCCUAUUCUGGAAAAUACCUGCAUGUUUUCUAUCAUAUCCAACCAACAUCAUUAUGAAAUUAACUGAAUCCUCGUGUCUGUAAAAUUGCUUGAAAGAAGAAAUUAUGCUAUUUUUGAAAAUUUUAGUUUGAGAAGCAAAUUGGUAGGCAAUAUUUCAUACCUGAGACUUCAGGAAUCUGGCUCUGAAUUAUAGAUAUGCCUCUUUUCUUAAGAGGAAAGAAAAGAUGAAAAAUUGAUAGAGUAGGUGUUUGCCAUGUUUUAUGGUGUGAAGCAUAUUACUGUACUAUUACCACUGGAUAUGUUUGCAGAACUAGUGGACACUGUUUACCUAGAAGUAUGAUUGUUGUUAUAAUUAGAAACUUAAUACCCAAAUUAAAGUACAGUUGUGCUCUCAAUUCUCAUAUUGCUUUACUUUUUCUCUGGAUAUCUGUAUUUUCAAAUGUUACUCUAUUAAAGCAGAAAUAUAACCAAAUGAAGUAUAA